ACUCGUCAGAAAUCUGAGGAUUCUUCACUUCCUCUUCUCCCAUCCUUGCGAGAUCUGCCCGUCAUGGCUCCGGUACUCCAGAAGUACAGCUGGAUUCUUGCAAUCACCUCCAUCGCCUUCGUCUUCUCCUCCGCUUCCAAUGGCGCCAACGAUGUCGCAAACUCGUACGCCACCUCCGUCGCGGCCCAGACGUUGAAGAUGUGGCAAGCUGGCAUCCUUGCCUGCUUCACAGAGUUCAUCGGUGCUGUCGCUCUAGGGUCAAAAGUCACUAGCACUAUCAAGAGCGGUGUCUUUGGCUUGACCAAGUUCCAACCUGCACCUCCGACAUUUAUGCUCGUAAUGGGAUGUGCCGAGGUCGGCAGUGCCGUCUUUCUCACCAUCGCUACCAUUUACGGUAUGCCCGUGAGCACUACCCAGACGGUCGUCGGUGCGCUCGCUGGUGCAGGUAUCGCAGCCCAAACACCUCUCAAGUGGGCAUGGAGCAGUGGCAGUCUUUCUCAGAUUGCUGCCUCUUGGGCUAUCGCACCGCUUCUAUCCGCCGGUAUCUCCGCCGUCCUCUUCCUCACCGUCAAGUAUCUUGUAUUGGAGAGGAAAGAUCCCUUGAAGUGGGGUCUCCGUUUGGUUCCUUGGUAUUUCGCUUUCACUGCCGGCACUCUCGUUCUGUUCAUCCUCUCUGAAUUACCAAAUGGCGAAUCAUUUGAGGAAAUGGGCGCGGGUAUGGUCACUGGUAUCAUUCUAGGGUCUGCCGCUGGAGUUCUGGUCAUUGGCUACCUCUUCUUCGUUCCCUACUUCCAUCGCCGUCUUGUCAAGGGCGACCCUCGGAUGCGACCUUGGCACAUUCCGCUUGGUGUUCUACUGUACCGAGAAAACCCUCCCGUCUAUUACCCCGGCAAGGGCGACCAGAUUGUGACCGACUACUAUGCGAAGUCUUCGGUUGAAGAUACACCCAAAGACCUCGAGAAGUCUCCCGCAAAAGAGGAUGCCAAACCAGAGGGCCACAGCGACGGUACCUCUUCUGCCGUCGACACAAACAAUGACUCCGUGGAGCGAGCCCCGACUGGUCUUUCGGUACCUGUCAUCAACUCAAAGAGAGACAGCCACUCUCGACCUAUGUCGCGAAAGCCCGAGCCGAGAGAGCGCUGGUUGACUCCCGUCAGCCAUCUACCUUUCUACUCCCCCAAGAAGCUAGUCAACUGGGGAAAGUACAUUCUCCUUCAGGGUGUUUGCCGCGAUGUUGUCACACAAAAGAACCUCGGAGCUGUCCACGCACGCGCAACCGUGUAUGACAAUCGCGUCGAGCAUCUCUGGACCUACCUUCAAAUCGCAUCCGCCAUGAUGAUGUCCAUCGCUCACGGUUCCAACGAUGUUGCGAACGCCGUCGGCCCCUGGGUUGCCAGUUACAACACAUACGUCACCGGCGAAGUCACCGCCAAAGCCGACACCCCCAUCUGGAUCCUCGUCAUCGCCGGUCUCCUCCUCGGUCUCGGCUUCUGGGUCUACGGCUUCAACGUCAUGCGCUCCCUGGGCAACAAGAUCACCCAAGUCUCUCCUACCCGCGGUUUCGCCAUGGAACUCGGCGCCGCCAUCACCGUCCUCCUCGCCAGCCAUCUCGGGCUCCCCGUCAGCACCACCCAGUGUCUCACCGGCGCCACCAUCGGUGUCGCAUUGUGCAACUGGGAUAUCCGCGCCGUCAACUGGAAGCAAAUCGCUUUCAUCUUCUCGUCGUGGAUCAUCACCUUGCCUAGCGCUGGGUUGAUUUCGGGCUUGCUCAUGGGUAUGGCGUUGAACACGCCGCACUUCUAG